CAUAUUCUCUCUCGGCCACCUCUUUCCCACCUCCUCCUUCGCCAAGCUUCUCCCUCGAUUUUCCUCCGAUCCGCCGGCAACGACAAAUUUUCUAGGGUUUCGAGAUGCUCCGAUCAUUCGUACCAACGACCAUUACUGCGACAUGCUCUAAUUGGGAAAGUUCGGCGGCAGACGAUGUAUUGUUAGGGUUUGCAGCAUAGGAGAACGACGAAGUUGAACUCCGAUUACUAUUGUCGUCCCUGUCGCCACGCGGUCGCAAUUUUGAUCUGGUAAUCAAUUAUCUACAGCGGUAGUGGAGCAGAAUUAGUCACAACAUUAGUGGGGGUGGUGAUGAAAUUUUCGAGGAACAUGAUUAUGGAGGCUUGGCGGUAGUUGGCCAUGGCUUGCUGGUCGGCCUGGAGUUGGAGUUCAUGGUUGAUUCCAUGAUUCCAUCCAUCUCACGCUUCUCCCACUCCUCUUCCCGGGCAAGUUUCUCUUGGUUCCUUUUCACCAUGUCCUCAAUAUACUCCACAAACUCCUUAAGAUGCGCAUCUCUGAUCCCUCUCCACACAGCAAGAAACCCCUAAAUCUGCCAAACACCCUUGCAACAAUCCACAUAACCGCCAAGGGCCUCGAUUAUCUCCUUCUCUUUUGGGCGAGAAGCUUGAUGAUCGGAAGUGAACGCCUCCGCGACUCCUCCCUUGCUCAUCACGGAGCGAUAGUCACCGACGUUCAACACCGUGAGUUUGCCGCCAUCCUUUAUCAAUCAGGACGAUCCGACCAUAAGUGAAAGUUUUGGGAGAGGUUGGCAGAUGAUUUGGUGGGACUGGUUGCUGGCGAUGAAGAGGAUGGAAGACGAAUCGCCCCUAAGUCACUUUGUGGCCGACUUCCUCCAGUUCGGUAAAGGGUGGGCAUUAGGGUACGCCCGGUUGGAUUGUACGGGUUAAUUUGGAUUAUUAAUAAUUUUUUAUUAAUAUU